AACAACAACAAAAACGGUUCGGCUGUCAGCUUUUGAGCUGAGGUGGUGUCGUUGGUGCAUCAUAAAAAAUAAGAAUAAUUCUUAAAAGAUUACGGAUUGUAAAAUUUGCAAAACAGCAUUUUAAAAUGCAAGAAUCUUACCCGGUCGUGGGAAAGGUCCCUACCCACAUACUAACGUGGGGCAAAUGGAUCGAGGAAUCGCUCAAUGACCAAAAAGAAAUCGUCAUUUGCAUCACCGGUAAUCCGGGUUUGCCGGGGUUCUAUACCCAGUUUCUCUCUACAAUACACGAAUGCCUCAACAAGGAGCUUCCUGUGUGGGUUAUCGGUCACGCUGGUCACGACGAGGAACAGGAUGGACCGUACAAGAAGCGGCUUCCCCCGCUGGAGGGAAAUGAAUCGCUGUACAGCUUGGCAGGUCAGCUGCAGCAUAAGGUUGACUUUAUCCGGAAGUACGUUCCGUCCGAUGUGAAGAUACAUCUGAUUGGCCAUUCGAUUGGGGCUUACCUCGCUUUGGAGCUGCUCAAGAUUCCGGACAUAAGCGAUCGCGUCCAGCAUUGUUACAUGCUGUUUCCGACAAUCGAGCGAAUGGUCAACACCAAGAACGGGUUCAUUCUGACCAGGAUCGUUAAACCGUUCUACUUUUUGGUUCAGUGGUUCUACCACUGUUUUGCCCUGCUGCCGACCGUAGUCAAGGUUUGGAUCAUCUACGCUUAUUUUGUUGUUUCAAGGACGCCGAAACAUUUCCUGGGAACUGGCCUCAAGUACACCAACCCGGCCGUUGUCCACAAGGUAUGGACGAUGGCGUUGGACGAAAUGGAAAAGGUGCGCGAGCUGGACGUGGAAAAUAUCAAAGCGAACAAGCAUCGGCUUAAGUUUUACUACGGAACUACGGACGGCUGGGUGCCGGUCAAGUUUUACCGAGAGCUCAUGGAAGCGGUGCCGGACGUGGACGCCGAGCUUUGCACGCGCAAGUACGAGCACGCUUUUGUGCUGGCAUCGGCCAGUCAGAUGGGAUUUAUGGUCGGCGAAUGGAUACUCAAGUACAGGGUGUAAGAAGUGCACGCGUUACAUCACAUCAAUAGUUUGCAUGCUGACAUCACAUUGAUUUCCUAAUAUGUAUUGGGAAGGUUUAACAAAUACCAGUGAAAAUAAAUUUGAUAUUCUUGUCGA